CUGAUUUUUCUGAAGAAGAAGAAGAAGAAGGAACACAAACCGCAACUCACAGUCCACAAAGUGCUACACAUCCUUCAAUGGCACCUGCGAUGAAGAAACCCUCGAAACCACGCAAAGCCCCUAAGAACCAAAAGAAGACCCAAAUAUUCACCCCCAAAGAUGAUUCUAGCGCCGAAUCCGAAGAAGAAACGCUGCAACCACAACAACUACUCGAACGCGAACUCGGAGACGACGAUGACAACUCCUCCGGUUCGGCUUCGGAGUUCUCUUCCGAUGGGGACGAUCCAUUAGUCGACGAUUUCCUUCAAGGAAGCGAUGAAGAAGAGAAAGCCUCAGCUUCGGGUUCAGGUUCGGAUUCUGAUUCUGAUUCGGAUGAUGAUGAUAUCGAAAAGAAGUCGAAAGCUAUUGAUGAAGAAAAGGCAAGAGAAGAAGAGGACGCAGAAGCUGAAAUGCAGCUCAACAUCCAAGAAGAGUCUGAUGAGUUUAGAUUACCAACCAAGGAGGAGCUUGAGGAAGAGACUCUGCGCCCACCUGAUCUUCCCAGUCUCCAGAGGAGGAUUAAAGAGAUUGUACGUGUUCUUUCGAAUUUUAAGGCUCUGAGGCAAGAAGGGACGGCGAGGAAGGAUUAUGUUGAGCAGCUUAAGAAAGAUAUAUGUUCGUACUAUGGCUACAAUGAGUUUCUAAUUGGUGCUUUAGUGGAGAUGUUUCCAGUUGUUGAACUUAUGGAACUGAUUGAAGCCUUCGAAAAGCCUCGCCCUAUAUGUCUGAGGACUAACACUUUGAAGACUCGCAGACGGGAUUUGGCCGAUGUUUUGAUUAAUAGAGGAGUAAAUCUGGAUCCUUUAAGCAAAUGGUCAAAAGUUGGACUGGUUGUGUAUGAUUCUCAAGUACCAAUUGGUGCCACUCCUGAGUAUAUGGCUGGUUUCUACAUGCUUCAAAGUGCAAGUUCUUUCCUGCCUGUGAUGGCCUUGGCUCCUCAAGAGAAGGAACGAGUUGUUGAUAUGGCGGCUGCACCUGGUGGUAAAACAACGUAUAUUGCUGCUCUUAUGAAGAAUACUGGAAUAAUUUUUGCAAAUGAAAUGAAGGUGCCUCGUCUUAAGUCACUGACUGCAAAUUUGCAUCGUAUGGGUGUAUCAAACACAGUAGUCUGUAACUAUGAUGGAAAGGAGCUUCCAAAGGUUUUGGGUCUCAAUGCUGUUGAUAGAGUAUUAUUGGAUGCCCCUUGCAGUGGCACUGGGGUUAUAUCCAAAGAUGAGUCUGUUAAAACCUCUAAAAAUGUGGAAGAUAUACAGAAAUGUGCUCAUCUUCAAAAGGAGCUCAUUCUUGCUGCAAUUGACAUGGUUGACGCUAAUUCAAAAUCUGGAGGUUACAUUGUUUAUUCCACAUGCUCAAUCAUGGUUGCUGAGAAUGAAGCUGUUAUUGACUAUGCACUCAAAAAGAGGGAUGUUAAACUGGUUCCUUGUGGGCUUGACUUUGGGCGUCCAGGGUUUAUAAGGUUUAGAGAACAACGAUUUCACCCUUCUUUAGAAAAGACAAGGCGUUUCUAUCCUCAUGUACACAAUAUGGAUGGGUUUUUUGUUGCAAAGUUGAAAAAAAUGAGCAGCUCAAAGCCAGGUGCAAAACCAUCAGAAACAUCGGAAAAGGAGGAAGAAAGUUCCAAGCUUGAAAUGGAAAAGGAGAAACCAAGUAAUGGCAUAAAAGAAAAUGGCAAAGAAUCUUCUGAAUCCGAAUCCAAAAAGAAGAAAAGGAAAUUCCCAUCAAAACCAAGUAAUGGUGUAAAAGAAAAUAACAAAGAAUCUUCCGAAUCUGAAUUUAAAAAGAGGAAGAAAAGGCAAUUUCCAUCUAAGGAGGAGAUUUCCAAUGCCAGGGAAAAGAAGAGAAGUGCCUUAAGAGAAAACAAGAAAAAAAGGUGGUAAGCAAAAGAAGUGAAAAUGUGCAAAGACCAGUGGCAAUGCACGAAGAAGUGAUAGCCAAUUGUGCAGUUUUAGCGCAGAACUGAUUCAGACUCCAACAUGAUGGGAGUGCUGGGGUGAGAUUGCCUGUCAUAAAAGUGUAUCCUGGAAUCAGUGGCAUGCCCUAAUCAUAGGGCCAAUUUUUGUUUUGUUUUUAGCUAAGGUAUGUUUUAACUCCCAUUUACAAAGCUGUAAAUCAGAAAGAAAAAGAAUUCUUUUUUCUUUUUGACAUCAAUUUGAAUUUAUUUUCUAAAUAUUGACUUGCGGGUUAGUUAUCCUUUGUAAGAAUUUCACCUGCUUCAAAUGAUAUUUUAAUAUUGAUGAUCGAUCAUGGUUUCAAAGGUUGUACCUUUACUGUUAUGUUGUAAUGAUCAAGUUUACAUG